CUUGUUGGCGUGGUUUGACUUACUCCUCCUUUUCCGUCCGUCUAAAAUCUUCCUGUGUCAUUCCCUGCUAGUCUCAAGACCUGGAUUUUGUUCUUUCUGCUCCUCGCAGACUUCAAAUCCAGUGAUGUUUCUGUGAAAUGGGUGGGAAGAGAAACUGACCCGUGCGAAAAGGAUUAAGAAGCCUCCAGCUUGAAUUGGGGUUGUCAACAGCUUCUUCUUUCCUUUCUACCGUGACUCUUCUUGUCUGAGUGCUUCAGAAGCAGCCGACUAAUUCCAAAGUGAUCUACGGUCUCCUCGUUGCCAUCAGAUCAUGAACUCGGGGAGUGAUAACUGGCACCCAGGCGGCCCCCCGUCGCACCCUGCCAUGGAUCAAAUGAAUCAACCUCGCCCUUUGGGCUCGUUUGGUCAAAAUCCUACCCCCCAGCAGGGUCCCUCGCAGCCAUCAGGGCCAGUCCUCCCUCAUCCCGGCGGACCUUAUCACCCGGCCAAUCAACCCGGCGGGCACUCUCUACCGGGGUUAGCGGAGUUGAGCCAGACCCAUGGCGGCGGUCCACACCAGCCGCCUUCGUUUAGUCAACAUGCCCCGACACCCUCACACGGCGGUGGUCAUUCAUUGCCAGGUAUUGGGCAGGCCAUGCAGCAUCCUUCACCUCAGUCAAUCAACCAAGAACGCGAGCAAGGCCCAAGAGAACGAGAAUCGCUGAUGGAAAGACAACGUGAAGAAUUGGUGCACAGAGAACACAGAGAACGCGAGCGAGAGCGAGAGCGUGAGAUUGAGCGCCAGCGGGAUCAGCACCAUCAACCUGUUCAAAGUCAUACUGGGUCCAUCACCUUACACCAGCCGGUGGCGUCAAAAGUUCCGAGCACCAUCCAUGGCCCUGGAGGAAUUUUGUCCAGUUUAGGCGCAAACCCGCCGAGCGGCCCUCAGGGUGCUAUGCAGGCCUCAAAUGGGCCCGGUGGGAUUUACGGCCCUCAAAUGCAACACGGUGACGGCACUCCGAGGUCGUACAUGCAACAUCCCACUGGGCCGCCAGGUCAACCACUGAUGGCAUUCAACGGGCCUGGCCCUGCAAUUCCCGGGAAUGUUGCAUCUCUCGCUCAGGGCCAGCAGCCCAUCUUAAAUGAUGCACUUUCAUAUUUGGAUCAAGUCAAGGUUCGGUUUGUUGAUCAGCCCGAUGUCUACAACCGAUUUCUUGAUAUUAUGAAAGACUUCAAGAGUCAAGCCAUCGACACACCCGGGGUCAUUCAACGAGUUUCAAAUCUCUUCAAUGGUCAUCCCGCUCUCAUUCAAGGCUUCAAUACCUUCCUUCCGCCGGGCUAUCGAAUCGAGUGUGGGACGGAAGAUAAUCCAGACGCCAUCCGAGUGACUACCCCCUCCGGUACAAAUACCCUUAGCAUGGGCCGUACUCGACACGCGUUAGAUGCUCCGAGUGAUAUACCCCCGUCUUCUGGCCUUGGCCCUCAUGGUCGUUCUGACUACUAUGAACACUCUCGCCCAGGCUGGCAACAACAGCCGCAGCCUCAACAGGCACAGGGUAGCCUGGCAGGGUCUUAUUCUCCCGGAUCCCGUAUGCUAGGUGCCGGGAUGUUCGGGCAGCAAGGUGGACAGAGUCACCCACAAGAUGCCCAUUACGACUAUCCAGGUCAGCAAGAUCAACAAGCCGCGGCUGCGGCCUCCGCGAUGGCUCAUCAACAGGACCAGCGCGGUGUGUCGCAACUCCAAGGUGCUGCAUCCGCCGCAUCAGCUGGUCUAGGGCGAACUUCGUUACUGGGAGUUUCUGCAGCCCCUGGAGCAGCUAGCUUGACCCAACCUAUGAACAGCUUGGCCGGAGUUGGAUCGAAUAUGCUGCAGGGGUCGCAAGCCGACCUGAAUAAGCGCGGACCCGUGGAGUUCAACCACGCUAUAAGCUAUGUGAAUAAGAUAAAGAAUCGUUUUGCGAGCCGACCGGAGAUCUAUAAGCAGUUCCUCGAGAUACUCCAAACAUAUCAACGCGAAUCUAAGCCGAUUGGUGACGUGUACACGCAGGUCACACAACUCUUUAAUUCAGCUCCAGAUCUCCUGGAGGAUUUCAAGCAGUUUCUCCCUGAGUCUGCAGCUCACGCAAAGCAACAAGCCGCUGCACGUGCGGCGGAGGAGAAUGCACCUAUGAGUAAUUUGCGCGGAGACCCUGGUUUCGCCUCCGGGUCCCUCGCUUCGCAGACGCCAAAUCGCGACGUCAAGAUGCCACCCCUGGGUCAGUUCAAUGUCAAGGACUCUGCGAAGGAUGGUAAGAAACGUCGAAAUGGACCCGGUGCUCCGUCUUCACUUGGACCGUCAGGCGGCCCUGCUGGAGGGCUUGACGCCGCACGCAUGAUCGAUUCCCAAGCAGGCCGAGGACAAGCCAUUCAAGCAGGUAGCGCCAAUAAGAGAGCGAAAGUUCACCAUACCAAGCCAUCGCAGGGAGAUGCGCCGAUCGUUUCGCCUACUCUCGUCCCCGCGCUUCCUGAGCCUAUUCAGCCGACUUUCUCCCUGACUCCAACUCAAGAAGAGUUCGCGUUUUUCGACCGUGUUAAGAAAUACAUUGGCAAUAAGCAAACAUUCAGCGAAUUCCUCAAGUUGUGCAACCUAUAUUCGACCGAUCUGAUUGACCGACACGUCCUAGUGAAACGAGCCGCCGGGUACAUUGGAUCCAAUCCCGAGCUCAUGGCUUGGUUCAAGCGAUUCAUGCACGUGGAAGAGCCGGAGGAUAAGAUAAUUGAGCUCAAGCCCAAGCAAGAUGCUGGAGUUGUCAACCUUUCACAUUGUCGCUCCCUGGGUCCGAGCUACCGGCUGCUUCCCAAGCGCGAGCGUCAGAAGCCCUGCAGCGGCCGCGAUCAGCUAUGUCGUAGCGUGUUGAACGACGAGUGGGCGUCUCAUCCCACGUGGGCGUCGGAGGAUUCUGGUUUCGUCGCUCACCGGAAGAAUCAGUACGAGGACGCUCUACACCGUAUCGAAGAAGAUAGACAUGAUUAUGACCACCACAUCGAAGCUUGCAACCGCACAAUUCAGCUUAUAGAGCCCAUCGUUCAGCAGUUUGUCGUCAUGUCGGAGCCAGAGAGGAAUGCUUUCAAACUUCCCCCCGGCCUCGGCGGUCAAAGUGAAGCAAUCUACCAGCGCGUCAUUAAGAAGAUAUACGAUAGACAACGUGGAGAGAAGAUCAUCAAGGAGAUGUUUGACCGACCUUGCCAUGUCCUGCCAGUUGUCCUGUUCCGUCUGAAACAGAAGUGCGAGGAAUGGAAAGCUAGUCAGCGCGAAUGGGACAAGAUUUGGCGCGAGCAGAUGCAAAAGGCAUACUGGCGCAGUCUUGACCACCAAGCAAUCGCCAGCAAGGGCACCGACAAGAAGCUCUUCGUGGCUAAGCAUAUUCAGACAGAGAUUCAAAGCAAGUUUGAGGAGAGUAGGAAUCUUCGCAAGAGCGGAUUCCAAGUCUCCAAGCACCAGUUUGAAUACACAUUUAGCGACCGAGCGGUGCUCAUCGACGCGACGCAUCUGCUAUUGACGUUUAUUGAUCGCAACUCGGCCGGUUUCGGUGCCGAUCCACAAAAGGUUAUGUUGUUCAUCAAAGACUUUAUUCCGCUAUUUUUCGGCAUGGAUCGCGAUACAUUCCAUGUAUACAUGAACGAGCUAUCUGCCGGGGCCUCGCCCGUUGAUGAAGGUGACGACGAAAGCAUGCCGGAUGUUGACGCAACCACGCCACGGAGCCGAAGGGGUCUUACAAACAAGAGGAUCGAUCUUCUGCGCGACGUCCUAGAGCGCCGGAGCGAAAAAGCAAGCCGGUCUGACAAAGAGAGCAGUGCUCCCACCAGCCGUGCCGGUACCCCCGAUGCUGUUCUUGUCCCGUCUACCCCAAUUCCCGAUCCAACGGAGACUUUCGAUGUUGCAGAGUUGAAGUGGAUGGAGCACCCUGGACAGGGAAACUUCAACCAGCAUCGCGAGUAUAACUUGAACGAGACAUAUGAGAAGAAGGCCCACCACCUGUACGCCAACCUAAACAUCUACUGCUUCUUCCGCACCUUCGAGAUUCUGUACUCGCGUCUUCUUCGCAUCAAGUUGCACGAGAAGGAUGCCCAUGAAGAUGUUCGUCGCGCGCUUGUUGGGAAGCCAGCCCAAGAGCUCGGCCUUAUUGACAAAGUUCCCACCGACUUCUUCUACGACUGUGACCCGAAGGCCAAUCUAUACCAACAGAUAGUCCGGAUGUGCGAAGAGGUCAUCAAAGGAGACUUGGAAACGACCCAUCUGGAGGAAACCCUUCGCCGCUACUAUCUGCGGUCUGGGUAUCAACUCUACAACCUGGAGAAGAUGUUCACAGGCAUUGCCAAAUUCGCUGGUGCAAUCUUCAACGGCGAUUCAAAGGACCGAAGCUCAGAUAUUAUCAAUCUUUUCUUCAAAGAGCGUGAAAAGGAGGAGACGACGCAUAACCAGGAGAUCCAGUACCGCAAACAGGUUGAAAGAUUGAUCAAGGACGGUGAUAUCUACCGUAUCACCUACUACUCGACCAACCAGAGAACAACGGUCCAGCUAUUGACCCCCGAAGAUGCUACAUUGGAGAACGAGGAGUUGAGCCAAGAAGCACGCUGGUCGUACUAUGUGUCAGCCUACACAAUGCGUGACCCCACCGAAGGCGUCCCGUUCUCCCAGAUGCGCAUGCCUUUCCUCAAACGGAACCUUCCAGCCAAGCUUGAGCAGGAAGAGGAAUACAACCGCUACUACCGCCCGCUUGUGCACCAGGACGGGCUUAUUAUCCGCAUUUGCGCCAACAGCUACCACAUUCUCUACGAGCCAAGCAGCAACGAUUGGUGGUGGCGGCCGUCUCCUCCUGAAGAGUCAGCCGACAACUUUGCCAAGGACGAGGCUGCCGUGAAGGAGAGGCGGCGCGAUAGAUUUACCGAAAAGUUUAUCAACAAUCCGAGCUGGGCCCAUGGGCUCAGCAAAGAUCAGGUCGACGAGAAGAACCAGGACUACCGGACCUGGAUCAAGGGCCCCGGCUCUGAUCGCGAAGCCAGUGCUGCGGCCGGCUCCGCUUCAGACAAGCACAGCAACAAAGACGACGUCGACAUGCCCGACGCGGAGAAAGCUUCCGAAACCCGGGAUACGUGA